AUGUAUUGCAAACCACACUUCCUUGCCUUGCUUUCAGCGCUUCGGCUCACCAAGGCAAAUCCGAUCGCUUUCCCUCAAGGAGGUAGUACCUCCUGCCCUUCUGAAGAUCUGAACGCGGCGACCUGGAAAGAUCUGGAUUUCGAUGGUUUUCUCAAGGCUGCCGCUGCGAAUCUCACCACGAACAAUGUCCAGGGAUUCGCUUCCUCACUAGGAGCCCCGAAUUUCUUUUGUUCCUCUUCCCGCAUGAUAACUAAGCAAUGCAGGUAUGUUCUGGUUGCAGUUCAGAAGUAUAACAGCUAUAUGAACUCGCUCAACACUGCCAUCUCCUUCGCCGCCUCUAUCAUGUCCUUAGAGAUACCUGCCGUUGUCUCCGACUUCUGGCCCGAACCCAUAGACGACGUUACCCCUCUCAAAGACAUGGUUUCUCUGGUCACUUCUGCGCUAAGCGCUGUUCCAUUCACCGGUGCUCUGGCCACAGUGAACACUGUUUCUGGGGUGGUUGUCAAUUUCUUGACUAAUCAAAUGAAGCCCCCGGAGCAACCGAACCUCUUCGUUAAAUGGAACGACAUCGGCGUGAGCAUCGCUGCCGCCGUUAAAGACUACCAAUCUACCGUUGCGAAUUCUCUUCUUACUACUCUCGACGCUGAAAUUGACAAUCCAACGUCAGGUAUCAAUUCCAAUUUGGCUGGCGGUAGCUUCUUGGGCGUCGUUCAAAAUUUCACAGAAACGGAUAUGCAGAAAAAUUUUGCGGAUAGUAUGAAGCUUCGCUCUAUCGCCCUUCUACUGCAAGCACAGAAGGCCUACAUCUACAGGUCCACCAACCCCGCCGGCACCUGCAGUAAUGGAGAUCAGCAUUGGAGGCUAUGUACUUCGGCUACUGAUCGCCCAAACGCCUUCUCACUACGAAUAGGCGACGAUAGUCCUUUUGACAUCACCGAUUUGAUGAUAACAAAGUAUGGGAUCUCCAAGGAAACAUUCUUGCAAGGUCCCUCGGAUUGCUUCGACGAACACAGUGUGCAGCUUUUCACCCCGGAGAUCUUGCCGAUUGACGCUACCGCCAAGUGCAUCUUCAACCUUCCGGUGUGCACUUUCAACGCUGAUACUUUCCCGGGACGCACUGUUCAGGAAAAUUGCAGACUACAAGGAAUUGAUGUAUAA